GAUGCAUAUUUGAUUUGACCAAUUACAAAAACCAGAGGCUCUACCAUACAAAGCACCAAAAAACCGGUACUUACUUUGCGUAUAAAUUUGACAAUCCAAAAGAAAACCAAAACCCACUACAGAGCAGGGGCAUUUUUACUUUCCCAAUCUUUCACUUUACACAAAAAAUGAGCCACAAAUUCUCUACAGCGUAUAUUUUCCUCUUCCACAUUUUCAUUCUACUUCCAUUCUUAGCCCAAAGCUCAAUUUUACCACAGGAAGAGCCCAACGAUCUGAUUAAGAAAACAUGCAAGAAAACACCCCAUUAUGAUCUCUGCAUCUCAUCUCUAGAAUCAAAUCCACAAAGCUCAAAUGCUGAUCUCAAUGGACUGGCCAUGAUAAUGGUCAACAUCGUGCUCUCAAACACAACAAGCACAUUGGAUUACAUCCAAGCUCUACUGAAGCAAGCCCCAGAGCCACAGUUGCAGAGAGCCUUGGCAAACUGCGCGGAAUUGUACAUCCCAGUAGUGAAAUACAGCCUCCCGCAAGCCAUUGAAGCACUGAUCCGAGGCCAUUUUGGGUUUGCAAACUUUGGCAUUUCUGAUGCUGCCAAGGAAGCUGAUGCUUGCGAGAAGGCAUUUUCUGGAUCAACCAAGUCGCCACUCACUGAUAUGAACAGUAUAGUGCAUGAUCUUUCAGAUAUAGCUACAGCCAUUAUCAAUGCACUGCAAAAAGAUUGAAUUUUUAUUGGUUUCUUUUUUGUGAAAGAUAGAAGUAUUUUUUUUUUUUUCUCUCUCUGAAAUUGGUCUCUGGUCUUCUCCUCUGAUCUUUGAUAAAGUUCGUGGUCUGUGUUUAGAUAGUUGUAAGACGAAGUUGGAAGAGCCAGUAAUUUUCAAUCGUAGAUAAUGGAAUUUUUAUGUUGUUUUCUGA